AUGGCUGGUGGUGGCAAGUCCGACGGGUCGUCGGAUGCGGCCAGCCUCGCCCUCCGCAUCGCCACCGUGGCGCUGUCGGUGGCGUCGGCGGCCAUGAUGGCGUCCGCCUCCCAGCGCUCUUGCACCGGCUGCUCUCCGGCUACCAGCCAGGUCUCCUACAGCGACUACAGCUCCCUUAGUUAUUGUCUAGUCGCCAACGUGAUAUCGGCGGCGCUGCAGGCAGCGGCGGCGUGGCUGACGGCGCGCGGCAAGGUGGACGAAAGCAAGGCGGCCAAGUCGCUGUCCGAGCUUGUCGACACCGCCGCGCAGGUGCUGCUCUACUCGUCGUCGGCGCUGUCGUUCUCGGUGGACGACUUCGGCACCUGCGGCCGCAGGGUCGCCGGCGUCUGUAAGGGCACCGGCGAGUUCUGCCAGAGGGUCCGCGCGUCGGGGGCCGUCUCGAUGGCGGCGGCCGUCGCACUGGCUGCGUCCAAUUACCUAAAGGACGUGCCGGCCUCGACAUGGAUCAAGUUCAAGGGUGAUGAACCCAAGGCAAAGCCGGUUUGUGGCCGCGGCUGCCAUUGCCACCAUUAG